AUGGAAUUCUUUUUGUUUGGAAUUGGGAAAAAUUUAUUUAAUGUAUUCUUUUCAAUUAAGAAAUAUGAUAAAGGAAUUUCUUUUCUAUCUGUUAAUAUAUCCGUAGAUGAAGUUAGAAUUGAUAAUAAUAUUCAUAAACUUAUAAAUGAAAGAACAUCUGAUAUUAUAUUUAAAAAUAAUUCUUAUUAUGAACCAACUUCAAUGAUAAUAUCAAAUAAUUCAAUUAGUGAGAUGAAUUAUGAAUUCUUUACAAUAGAAAGUCUUAUUAAGGAUAGUUUUGAAUUUGAUGGUGCCUUAAAUAUAUUUGGAACAGAUAUUAAUAUUUCUAGCAAGAAAGACAUAAUAACUUUUACAUUAAAAUUACUCCUAUUUCAAUUUAACUAUAUGAUUAAUACACUUAUAUACUACUCAGAACAUAUAAAAUCUAUUUCAAUGAAUAAUUAUUUAGAUUAUUUAAACUGGACUCGUGAUUCAAUUGUCAAGUUAUUAGAUAUACUCUUGAAUGCAAGACAAUACGUCCAGAAUAAAGACUAUGACUAUAUUAUAAAAUCAAGUUCUAUUUUAAAUAAAAAAAGGAGUUUUAAAAUAUCCUUUAUAAUUCAAAGUCAUAUAAUAGUAUUAAAAAAGAUGAAAAUAUUAUAUGAUGAACUGUGUGAAUCUCUCCUCAAUUUUCAAGUUGUAACUUUGGGACAAUCUCAGAAACUUAUUUAUAAAGUAACAGAAUUACAACUUUUUAUAGAAAAGAAUUUGUAUUCUAAUAAAUUAUUUGAUAAAUAUAUUUCACAGAAAAUAGUGGAAGAUUUAUUCGAAAUUACAAGACUUUUUGAUAAUAUAAUGAAGAAAUACUUUAUUUUACUUUCAAGCUUAGAAGUAUUAGAUCAAUUAAGAAGUAAUAGUUUUUUAGAUAAGAUUGGUUGUCAGAUAUAUUCAUUAUUUAGAAUAAAUCAAGAUUUUUCUAGAUUUACUUCUGAAAUUCCAAUAUCUAUACAAGAAUGUCAUGCUCUAUUAUAUGAUCCCAAGUAA